AUGUUGUCAAACGGCUGGACGUGUAUAAAGUGUACGUUAAUUAAUUCACUGAACGAUAACUACUGCACGGCUUGUGGCGGCUCUAAACUCAACAGUACGACCGAUAAAAAUUACUUGACUUUGAAGCCCAACGAGAGUUGGGUUUGCAGUCGAUGUACGCUCAGGAAUGCCAUCGAUUCGACCAAAUGCUCGGCUUGUAAUCACAAACGACAGGAUCUCAGAAACAGUUCCAUCGCUAUUAUCGAAGAUGAGGACGACGACGACAUUCUGCUGGUCAGACCCACCACUUCGGCCGACAACGUUCACCGACGAGAUCUGACCCGAAACAAGUCCCAAUGGGAGUGCAGCGCGUGUACAUUCCUCAACCCCAGCGCCCGAUAUAGUUGCGAGAUAUGCCAACAGUCGAGAAGUGUGCUCACACUGAGGCCAGACUCGGCUCAUCUCAACACAAGAACCCCAACCCCUCAGUGCGACUCAAACACUAACACCUUAUGUCAUGGCGAAAGUGAACUCAUGGAAACGUUACGCCGUAUUGAGGAGAAUGAGGCCCGCAAUCGAUGGGAACAUAUCGUCCACUUUUGUAGCAAAAGUAAAAUCAAUUUCGUCGACGACUCGUUCCCUCCGCUCCCGAAAUCACUCUAUUAUAACACCGAAGACAUCGCUAACAAUCAUAACGUGACUCAAUGGCUGAGACCUAAGGAUAUCCGAAGCGACGCUAUAUCGAGUGUCAAAUGGGCUGUAUUUCGGACUCCAAUGCCAUCAGACAUAUCGCAGGGAAUUCUCGGCAACUGUUGGUUUUUGAGCGCUUUGGCUGUUUUGGCCGAACGACCGGAUUUAGUGAAGAGAGUUAUGGUUACCCGUGACAUAUGUCCAGAGGGCGCAUAUCAGGUGCGGCUCUGCAAAGACGGCAAAUGGACUACUGUUUUGGUCGACGACUUACUGCCGUGCGAUUCGAGAGGACAUCUCGUCUAUUCUCAGGCAAAACGCAAACAAUUAUGGGUUCCACUCAUUGAGAAGGCUUUGGCAAAACUGCACGGAUGUUAUGAGGCACUGGUGUCCGGCCGAGCCAUCGAAGGCCUGUCCACACUAACAGGCGCUCCGUGUGAGUCGAUUCCACUCCAAUCGUCCACUCCUUCCUCUAAUGAGGAGGGAAUUGAUGAAGACUUGAUUUGGGCUCAACUAUUGAGUUCACGAACGGCAGGCUUUUUGAUGGGCGCCUCGUGUGGCGGCGGCAAUAUGCAGGUCAACGAUACUGAAUACCAUGCGGUGGGGCUGAGACCACGACACGCCUACUCUGUGCUCGAUGUCCAGGAUAUUGACGGCAUUCGAUUGGUUCGUCUGCGGAACCCUUGGGGCCACUUCUCAUGGAAAGGCGACUGGUCUGACACAUCGUCUCUGUGGACACAACCACUUCGGGAACAACUCAUGGUUCACGGCGCGAGCGAAGGUUCACUUCGGGAACAACUCAUGGUUCACGGCGCGAGCGAAGGUGUCUUUUGGAUGCCAUUCAACGAUGUCCUCAAAUACUUCGAUUGCAUCGAUAUCUGUAAAGUGAGAUCCGAUUGGAAUGAGAUUAGACUUCAGGGAGUGUUGCCAUCGAAUGCGUUAGACGUGGAAAAUCUGGCGAUCGUUGAGUUCACAGUCGUUGAGGCGACAGAACUGGAGUUCAGUCUCUUUCAAGAGGGACAGAGAAGUGCCGAACGAUCGCAGAGAAGUCAACUCGACUUAUGUGUGGUUAUAUUCAAGACCGGAAACCCAUCCAAUGAAAGUGUCGGCAAACUUGUCAAACAUAGCAAACGUCAAGUAAGAGGUUUUGUUGGCUGUCAUGUCAUGUUUGAGCCGGGAGUCUAUCUCAUCAUAUGCUUGGCGUUCAAUCACUGGCAGACCAGUAUCGAGAGUGUGGAACAAUAUCCCAAAUUUCUUCUGGCAAUGCAUAGCUCGAAGCGUUUGUUAGUGGAGACAGUGUUGCCCCAGACCUUCAUAUUGGCCGACGCUAUCAUCAACUUAACACUCUCUAAAGGACAGAGACAUGAGGGUCGGGAGGGUAUGACUGCCUAUUAUUUGACCAAAGGAUGGGCGGGUCUGGUAGUGGUGGUGGAGAAUAGAUUCCCCGACCGUUGUAUUCAAGUGAUCUGUGAUUGUUCUGAGAGUGUGAAUGUGGUCUCUACCAGAGCGACGCUCAGAACUGUGGACAGCAUUCCUCCAUUGCAUCGACAAGUCAUAAUAGUUUUGACACAAUUGGAGGGAAGCGGAGGUUUCUCAUAUAGCGUAGCUGACUGUGUAGCACAGAGCAUAUGCUCACCUGAAGUGCUAACCCCUGGGUAA